CUUAGAAGGGGAUGAUUCCCCAGUAACAUUCCCUGCCCUGAUCCAAGGUGCCCCUCAGCCUCCCUCCCAGGGAAGACUGCUUCUUGUGUGACGCGGGCCAUAGGAAGAAACCCCAAUGGACUUACACCGGGCAGCCUUCAAGAUGGAGAACUCAUCCUACCUCCCCAACCCGCUGGCAUCCCCAGCGCUGAUGGUCCUGGCGUCCACGGCUGAGGCCAGCCGAGAUGCUUCCAUACCUUGUCAGCAGCCACGACCAUUUGGUGUACCUGUCUCAGUAGACAAGGACGUGCAUAUUCCAUUCACCAACGGUUCCUACACCUUUGCCUCGAUGUACCAUCGGCAGGGUGGGGUGCCGGGCACCUUUGCCAAUCGAGAUUUCCCCCCUUCUUUACUACAUCUCCACCCCCAGUUUGCUCCCCCAAAUCUAGAUUGCACUCCAAUCAGUAUGCUGAAUCACAGUGGCGUCGGCGCUUUCCGUCCCUUUGCUUCCACUGAGGACAGGGAGAGUUACCAGUCAGCCUUCACGCCCGCCAAGAGACUGAAGAACUGCCAUGACACAGAGUCUCCCCACUUGCGCUUCUCAGAUGCAGAUGGCAAGGAAUAUGACUUUGGGACACAGCUGCCAUCUAGUUCCCCCGGUUCACUUAAGGUUGAUGAUACUGGGAAGAAGAUUUUUGCUGUCUCCGGCCUCAUUUCGGAUCGAGAAGCUUCAUCUAGCCCAGAGGACCGGAAUGACAGAUGUAAGAAAAAGGCAGCAGCAUUGUUUGACAGCCAGGCCCCUAUUUGCCCCAUCUGCCAGGUCCUGCUGAGGCCCAGCGAGUUGCAGGAGCAUAUGGAGCAAGAACUGGAACAGCUGGCCCAACUGCCCACCAGGUAAGCCACGUAACAGGAGGGCCAGCCUGCCAGGAGGAUCCCACUCAGGGUUCCAGCUACCAAGUCCCAGGAACGCCGCCUGGCCCGCACCCCAGCCUCUGGUCAGAAGGCAAGGCCCUGCUGCCGUCCUCCACUCU